AAGAGCAUCCUAUAAACGUUAAAAUUCCAUUUCUCUAUAUAGAGCCUCAUAUAUAUAUAUAUAUACACACACACACUCUCUCACAUAUAUACGCACACACUUGCUCUACAUUGCAUUGAAAAAGAGUUGGGGAAAACUCAGAAGAAGAAGAAGAAGAAGAAGAAGAAUGGCUUCGAGGGAGCAGAAGAGAGAUUCCUCUAUGCAUGAGAAGUUUCAAUUGCUUCGUUCAAUCACUAACUCCCACGCUGUGAACGAAGCAUCGAUCAUGGUGGAUGCUUCCAAAUAUAUCCAAGAACUUAAGCAGAAAGUCGAAACCAUCAACGAAGAGAUCGCAGCCGAGCAAUCUUCAAGGGAUCGAACCGAUCCAUUUCCCAUGGUUACAGUUGAAACCCUAGAAAAGGGUUUUCUGAUAAAUGUAUUCACAGGGAAAAAUCAGCAGGGCUUGCUGGUCUCCGUGUUGGAAGCCUUCGAGGAUUUGGGACUCAAUGUUCUUGAAGCUAGGGUUUCGUGUACGGACACCUUUAGCUUGCAAGCCGUAGGGGAAGAACAGAAUGAAGACGGAGAAAAUAUGGAUGCUGAAACAGUGAAACACGCAAUAACUGAAGCGAUCAGGGGCUAUGAAAGCGCCGGUCCACUGGGCUAAAAUCAACAGGUUAAGAUUCUCUCGGGAAGAAAUGUUUGUUAGAUAUAAUUAGUGGAAAUCAACUGUAUCUUUCUCCAAAUAGUCGCACUAAAUAAUUAUUGCCGUUUGUUAAUUUUCUUUGA